AUGGCAAAAGAGGUGGGCACAAAGAGGUUCUUGGCUGUCAAGGUGUUCGAUAGGCCAGCUUCACCUGCGGAAGAUAUGCGACGGAGACAAGCUAUCAAGCAUGAAUUAAAAAUACUUGAUGCAGUUCGAAAUGGACCUCACAUUAUCGUUACUGGGACUGCACGUUAUUUGGACGAUCUCUCAAGGAGUGUAGAGCUUCCUAUGCAAUUCUACCCAGAACACCUUGCUUCUCUGUUGGAACGUACGAAAACAGAGCGAGGGCUCCGUGAUGCAUUUUUUAUAGUUCCACUGUAUUAUUAUACUGUACUAGCACAAAUGCUCUCAGCGCUGGUUUUCCUUCACAGCCAAGACGUCAAUAUCAUUCAUCGUGAUAUCAAACCUGAGAAUAUCCUUAUCGAGCAUCCCAAUGGGAAUCCUACCGAUACUCCCAACCACUUCGUACUAGGCCAUUUUGGUUGUGCCAGUCGUGCAUCUCCUCCUCCUAGUGGGCUUACUGAUAGCUUACAAUUCAUAGCCCCAGAAAUGUACUAUGGGCAAAAACAGACGGCAGCGGUAGACAUCUGGAGCCUCGGCAUGGUGUGCGUCGAAAUGGCUGGUUGGCUGCCUGGGACAGCCGGAGCGACGACUGUCGAAGCCAUGAAGAGAGUCAACUGGUGCAACUGCAUGCAAGAGCUAGGCAAGGAGAUCCAAAAUUACAGGCCUGAAAUAGAGGAAAUGCUCAGAGUAGACGUCCUCAAACGAACCACAGCCACUCAGCUUCUCACAAAGAUCAACUCGUCCAUGCAUAUAGUGAGUCAGAAAGCAAGUGCGCGCCUUGCACGUUUGAUGAUCAAGAAGAACAUGGGUCCGGGGGUACCUGAGUAUGAUCUCGAUACCCUAGUAGAUGUGUAUUUGGAAAGGCACGAUCUAGUCGAUGAAGAUGAGCCCGCCAAUACCACUAGCGAAGUCUCAUCGCGAACACAGAGGGCCGUGAUUACCAACAAACCAAGGUCAACUCCACCGCAACUGCCACCAUGUUUACAGUUACGAGGAGGGGCGCGUCCAUCAAGGGGGCAACCCCUAACAAGUGCACCGGCAACAAGACCCCUGACCAGAUCACGAAGGAUGAUGGGACCAUUAAGGUCAGCUGUAUUGCCACCGUCACUCCCGUCACGGAGAAUAGCAGCACCAACAAACUCAGACGCAAUAUCUUUGCCACCUCUGUCACAGGGAGUAGCUGACUCAUCAGCGGUAGCUCCGAUCCGGAAGGAUUCAGAAACUGAGGGGGGCUCAGCCACAACGGUUGCCCCCCCACAGCGAUCCAGGUCUCAGGAAGAAGGAAAAGCAUCAGAGGUGAUUGCAACCCCUAAAAGGACGCUGCGAAAAGGCGCUGCGAAAAAGAGCUCUGUUUCACGGCGACCAGCCCAAACUUACCCAGACGAUGGACCAUCAACGACCGCUAAGACGUCUUGUGAGUCACAAGCAACAAUAGAACCAGCAGAUGCGACAUUAAAGUCCAGAAAAAUUCAGUCUCAACAGGCAAAAGAACCGCCACGACCAAAUGCAGCGCAAAUAUCAUCCCCAGCCCAAGAAGCAGAGAGACUUCCAAAGUCAGUCGCAACGCAAGAAUCAAGUACGCCAGAAAGAGAAAGAGGUGCAGCUAAGGCCUCCGUAUCAACAGGACCGCAAGGUACAACCACGCCCUCACCGUCAGCUUCCAGCAUCAAUCUUGAAGUUGAAAAUCCUAAAAAUCAGCGGCAAGCGACCCGUCAGAGACGGUAUUCUACUGCCCCACAGGCCUCUAGCGCUGCUCAGCUUCAGUCGAACACGUUACGUGCAGCACCACAGACUAACGAUACUAGUAAAUCUACAAAUAGUCCACGGUCGACCUCUUCGAGUGCCGCAACAAGUGCCACGCAUAGCAAGGGCCAAUCAUCUUCCGGGCCCAGAAACCCUUCUCAACGGCUUUCUGCUGAUGCACCCAGUUUCUUCCCACCAGGUCGUUCAGGUUAUGAUCGUGAUCAGGCUCUUCAUGUUAAUGGUAGCCAGCCAAGUCGCCGUUCAGACGAUCAAUGCCAGGAAACAGGUGUUGGAGCUGGACUUGUUGCUCAUCAAGCGAGUGGUCAAGCCACGCAAGGAGGAGUUCAAAGUGGACGGCAUGGUGUAAUGUUAUCUGCCCACCAAGGGCCUCAAAGGUCUCCGGCAUUAGACGUAGCCGGCACGUCUCCUCCCAUGGCACCCUUGAACCGAGCAAUUCGGUCUUCCCCGUCGCUGGGCCAACCUGCGAUGCCUCUUCCAACCCAGUCAAUCGGCCCUGAACUUCAAACCCAACCAAAUCACACACAAGCCAGUCCACAUCGUCCCCAUCGUCCCCCACCUCUUCUCCACUCGGCAACUCAAGCCUUCCCAUUUUGGACUCCUGCUGGAGUAUAUACAGAUAUCUCUCCUACCCUUGUGGGAGCCCCAGCUCGAAGUUUUCUCGUAUAUGCUCAAUUAGGAGAGUGCACUCCUCCAGCUUACGUGCCCCAAGUCCAGCAGUCUUACGUUGGUCCUCCAUUUCAAUCCUCCCCGUCUCAAUACUACUUUUACUCUCAACCAAAUGGGCGUGGUGCUCCACCCUACUCCGAGGUUCCAAGUUCCCAAGCUCCUCGCCAUGAGGCGGGCCAAGGCCAAGGAAACGUGGAUCAAGGCGGACAAUUUCCGUCCGGCCUGGCAGGAGUGCAGGGUCAGAGCACAGGUGCUCAAGCUAGACCGUCUCACCCUCUCGAUAUGCAGCCUCAAAAUCGGGGGGCAGGUGAACCUUUCACUUCUCGACACUUCGAGACUCGAAGCCAGCAGGAGAGAGUUCCGGAAGCAGUUUCUUCGCCUCGGCUUCCAGCUCUACCUGUCCAGCGGGACAGUGCUCCGGGGCAACUGCCCUCGCCUCCCAAUACGGAAGCUCACACUCAGCAGGACAGGUCUCCGCAGAAAUUACCAUCCGCGCUUGAUUCGGUGGCUCAUUCUCAGUCAAAUAAAGAUGAAGAUGAAGGUGAAUGGGAAGAACCCCGCCACGUGCGUCGUCGACGGUCACGAAAAGCAAUCAAAGGAUCUGCAUGA